UUUGAGAACGUAAACAUAACACACGCGUAUAAAUAAAAACUAUUAGCUUAUUUGUAAGAAAGUUUGGGAAUAUUAUAUAAUUUCUAGCUUAUAAUGCAGUUAUGUGACAAAAGAAAAUUCGGGAGAACUAAUUAUUUAUGUACAGAGCUAUUACGGAUUUCACGCUGCGUAUAUGACCAACACAAAAUGAAGGAUUCACUUGCUAAGACAACUCGAUAGCCCCGAGUCGUAUAAAAGAUUCGUUCAAAAUGAACGAAUCGUUCAUGAACGACCACUCACUACUAGUGGCGUACGUAUGACAGGAAAAGCAGUAGAAGCAGAGCUGCACUGAAUGCAAACACGCAAAGCGGAUUGUCAUUGGGAGCUCUGGCCAUUUUAGAUUAAUCGAAGCGGCUACAUGACAAAACAAAAUGCAACUAGAUGAGUCCGGCUCUGUGUCUUCAGAUUCCUGGAUCUGCGCGAGCAGUCACGCAGCUGAAUACUCACGCUCAUCAAUUUAAGCCGAAAAACGACGCAAAGGGUGGCUUAUAGAGACACUGGAGGACGUGCCUGGUGUCUUUGGUUGAUCCGUGUGGUUUCUAAGCCACGUCUUUAAGCUCAGGGCAGGCAAAGUUCUAAAAUGGGCUCUCAUUACACGCAGCGAGAGGACAUGGAUAAAACGUCAUGUUUUUCAAACAUCAAAAUAUUCUUAGUGUCGGAAUGUGCGCUAAUGCUGGCGCAGGGGACUGUCGGCGCGUACUUGGUGAGUGUCCUCACGACAUUGGAGCGCCGCUUUAACCUGCAAAGUGCUGAUGUAGGUGUGAUCGCCAGCAGCUUUGAGAUUGGCAACCUGGCACUCAUCCUAUUCGUCAGUUAUUUUGGUGCCAGGGCACACCGACCACGUCUGAUUGGCUGUGGUGGAAUUGUCAUGGCACUAGGUGCAUUACUAUCUGCACUACCUGAGUUCCUCACCAACCAGUAUGAAUACAAAAACACUGAAGUGUGGCGGAAGGUGCCAGGACGGGACAUGUGCUCCAAUGUGUCAAGAGAUGUGGAUGAUAGUGGCCUAUGUAGCAGCAAAGCCAACACCAACAUGAUGUACCUGCUGCUGAUUGGUGCCCAAGUGCUACUGGGAAUUGGAGCGACACCUGUACAGCCUCUAGGAGUGUCCUAUAUUGAUGACCAUGUGAGGAAAAAAGAUUCUUCUCUCUAUAUUGGUAUUUUAUUCUCAACCUUGGUUUUUGGACCUGCUUGUGGCUUCAUCCUUGGUUCCAUUUGCACCAAAUUUUAUGUGGAUGCUGUCUUUGUUGAUACCACCAAGCUGGAUAUCACCGCAGAUGACCCUCGCUGGAUUGGAGCCUGGUGGGGAGGCUUCCUCCUCUGUGGGGCUUUACUUUUUUUCUCUGCUAUCUUCAUGUUUGGUUUCCCUUCAUCUCUGUCAGAGCGAUAUGGUAACAGCAGAAAUGAGAGUGACCAUCCCAUGCUGCCAGGAUCUCAGAGUUAUGAGCAUCCAAAGCCAAGUAAUGGUGUCCUGCACAACCAUCAACCUGACAGCUCUUGCUUUGAGCAGCUUCGAGUGAUUCCCAAGGUGACUAAACACCUGCUGAUGAACCCAGUCUUUACCUGUAUUGUUCUUGCUGCCUGUAUGGAGAUUGCUGUAGUUGCUGGUUUUGCAGCCUUCUUGGGAAAGUACUUAGAGCAGCAGUUUAAUCUUACAACCACCUCAGCCAAUCAGCUUCUGGGUAUGACUGCCAUCCCAUGUGCUUGUCUGGGCAUUUUUAUGGGAGGUCUUUUGGUGAAAAAGCUGAAUCUGUGUGCUCUGGGUGCUGUUCAGAUGGCCAUGUUGGUCAACCUGAUUUCCACCGCCUGCUAUGUCUCUUUCCUCUUCCUUGGCUGUGACACAGGCCCUGUUGCUGGUGUGACCAUCACCUAUGGCAAUGAAACACUGCAGCCUGGCCAAACACCAGAGGCUCCAUGCAUUAAUAACUGUAACUGUUACACAUCAUCAAUUAGCCCUGUUUGUGGCUCAAAUGGGGUAACGUACCUGUCUUCCUGCUUUGCUGGCUGCACCAGAUCCAUUAGCACUGGAGUGCCUCCUCGAAUGGCUCAGCCCAUGCAGAAUUUGACAGGAUGUACUUGCAUUUCUGGUGAUGGCAUACCCUCCACAGUUGUGCCAGGAAAAUGCCCAAGUCCUGGGUGCCAGGAGGCUUUUCUCAUUUUCCUGUGUGUGAUAUGUGCCUGCAGCAUGAUAGGAGCCAUGGCUCAGACACCCUCAGUCAUCAUUCUCAUCAGGACUGUCAGCCCAGAGUUGAAGUCAUAUGCACUCGGAGUCCUUUUUCUCUUGUUGCGACUGUUGGAAUAUUACUUUACCACAGGAUUCAUCCCACCUCCUUUGAUCUUCGGUAUGGGGAUUGACUCAACCUGCCUGUUCUGGAGCAGCGAGUGCAACACAAAGGGUGCAUGUGUGCUAUAUGACAAUGUAGCCUAUCGACACCUUUAUGUGAGCUUGGCCAUUGUGCUAAAAAUAAUUGCCUUCCUGUUGUACACAACCACAUGGCAGUGUUUACGCUGCAACUACAAGAAGUACAUCAAGAAUACUGAGGGAUAUGUCACAUCCACUGAAAUUUUCGCUUCUGACAUAAAUUUGGAUAGUUUGGGUAAAGACAUUAAGCGGACAAAAUUUAUAUACAACCUGGAAGAUCAUGAGUGGUGUGAAAACAUGGAAUCUGUUUUAUAAUGGUAUUCAUUAAUGCAAAUGUGCAUCUUACGUAUAUCUUGGGUUGCUUUUUUCUUUAGAGCAUUUAAUUUCUUUCUUCGACGGUGAUGUGCUUUAGGCACCACUGGUCACUGUGGAAGACUGUUGCACUUUUAUGUUCAUUGUUCAGUUCUACUAAUUUACAGUCAGUUCAAUUAAAAAUUUGAACAUUGA